AGGAAGAGGGCUGAUGUAACAGGAGCUGUGUGACAUCAUGACGACGGUAGCCGCCUGCAUCAGGAGGUGAAGACGGACAGACAUAUAUGGAUUUCCGAGAAAGUAGAGAGUGAGUUUGUGUCCUACACAUCAACGCCGAGAUGAGUACCUGCAAAUUCAUGAACCAGGACAUCGAGAACAGAGUCGGCAAGAUACCAAAACAGGCACAGGAUAAACCGAUGGUGGUUACGAACCGAACUAUGGUGAUAGCCGAGCCACAGAAAAGACGGCGGCAGAGAUACGUGGAGAAAGAUGGCAAAUGUAACGUCCACCAUGGCAACGUUAGAGAAAGAUACAGGUACUUGACAGACAUCUUCACCACACUGGUGGACCUCAAGUGGAGGUUUAACCUGUUGGUCUUCACAAUGGUCUACACCAUAACUUGGAUUUUCUUUGGAUUCAUAUGGUGGUUAAUCGCUUACAUCCGUGGUGACCUCGACCACGUCGAAGACAAUACGUGGACACCUUGCGUUGACAAAUUGAAUGGAUUUGUAUCGGCUUUUCUGUUCUCUAUUGAAACUGAAACCACCAUUGGCUAUGGAUACAGGGUCAUCACUGACAAGUGUCCUGAGGGCAUUGUUCUGCUGCUGGUCCAAGCCAUUCUCGGCUCAAUUGUCAACGCUUUCAUGGUGGGCUGCAUGUUCGUAAAGAUCUCCCAACCAAAGAAACGGGCAGAGACCCUCAUGUUCUCGCACAUGGCUGUGAUCUCGAUGAGGGACGGAAAGCUGUGCCUGAUGUUCAGAGUCGGGGAUCUAAGGAAUUCACACAUCGUUGAAGCUUCUAUCAGAGCCAAACUCAUCAAAUCCAAGCAGACCAAAGAGGGAGAGUUCAUCCCUCUAAACCAGACGGACAUCAACGUCGGUUUCGACACAGGGGACGAUCGCUUGUUCCUGGUCUCACCGCUUAUUAUUUGUCACGAGUUCAAUGAGCAGAGCCCGUUUUGGGAGAUGUCCAAAGAUCAGCUCGGAAAAGAGGAAUUUGAGAUCGUGGUGAUUUUGGAAGGAAUGGUUGAAGCUACGGGGAUGACGUGCCAAGCUCGGAGCUCUUACGUGGAGAACGAGGUUCUCUGGGGCCAUCGUUUUAUGCCCGUGCUGACCUUGGAGGAAGGCUUUUACGAAGUGGAUUACGACACUUUUCACAAUACCGACGAGACCCCGACGCCGACGUGCAGCGCAAAAGAGCUGGCAGAACAAAAAGAGAAAGGAGUUCCACCGCUCCUGACGCCCGUCAACCACAAGGCCAACCAAACUAUAGAACAGGAGAUCCAGGAAGCAUUGGGGAAUGAGAGUCCUCCUCUGGUAUCCAACGGCGACAUUAGCAAAAUAAACCUUACGUGGGAGUGACAAAAAAAACCAAAAAACAAUAAUGCAAUAUGGCGGAUAUAUGAGGACAGUGCCUGUUACCUGCCACUUACAAUGACUAACCUCUCUUCGGCAGAGAAACACUUUAUUCUUGCUGAAAUAAAGCUCUGUAGGCCUUCAA